UAGAUAUUGCGCGAAAACUGAAGUGCAGCAAGUGCGGUGUGUUAGCGUCUUUAUGAAGUACGGAAAAGUCCUUUGUAGACGAAAUGAGAACUUUGGAAGAGGUAAACGCAACACUUGAGAUCGCAAAACUCAAAGAACAGGAUUUGUUGCCGGUAACACAUUGCUUGUCUUUUGGAGAAAAUGUGUCAUCUGGAGACUACUGCCUCAUGGAACUGGACGAAACACUUUGUAAACACAUUGAAGCUGGAAAGAGCCUUGUCAUUAGAGGAGACAAAGAUGAGCAUGCGAUUAUAUGCAGUGAAGACAAAACCUACGACCUCAAAAUGGCAGACACAUCCAACUUGCUUCUGUUUGUACCUGGAUGUAAGACUCCGGAUCAGAUGAAGGAAGUGUCAGCGGAUGCUCAGCUUGUCAAUGCUGAGGUAUGGGGGUUCUCCAACUGCUACUGGGAGCUGAAGCAGCAGCGGCCAAGGCUAAAGAAGUUGAAGAAACUUUUGAUGGAGUAUCCGUAUGAGGGCCCAUCUCUGCCCGCAGAGGAAGAGCCUGAAGUCCCUGAACAAAUGUACUCCACAGCUGACCUUCUUGAAAGAAUCCAAGCAAGUAAAGAGGAACUUUUGGCCCAACUAAAAAAUAUUAACGCUUGCGAAAUAGAUGGCUUCUGGAGAAUUUUGGAUUUUGAUUAUGAGAUGAAGCUGGUGGGCCAUAUAACUCAGCUAGUUGACUCUGAAUCCUGGUCUUUCACUGAAGUUCCUUUGAGUGAUUGUCUUCAGGAACUUGGUGGCCUGGAGCCAAAAGAAAUGAUAGAGCAUUGCUUGAACUGUUAUGGAAGGCAGUACACAACCGAAGAUGGGAAGGUGGCGUUCUCUCUGGAUGAGGAUAAAAUCUGCCGGGCUACUGCCCAGCUGCUCCUGCAGAAUGCAGUCAAGUUCCACCUGAGUGAGUUCCAGGAGGUCUGGCAGCAGAGUGUUCCGGAGGGGAUGAGUACAAAGCUGGACCAGCUCAGGGGUUUGGCACUGGUAGACCGUAGCACCAGACCAGAGACCAUUUCUCUUUUGAGGGUGGAGGACCUACCAGAGGACACCCUGGAGCGCUUCAGCUGCCUCUUCAGUAUGAGAGAGAAGUGGACUGAGAAUGACAUCGCUCCCUACAUACAGGAUCUAUGUGGAGAAAAACAGACAACUGGAGCCCUUCUGACGAAAUUUGCACGUUCUUCAAUGCAAAAUGGCAUCAAAGUGUACAACUCUAGAAGACCUAUCGCAACCUAAAGUGAGGAGCAUGCUUCUUCCUCGCCCCAUCAAGAGGACGCAUUUGUGUCUCCCUUGUGUAUAUUAUCUGUUAAUAAAACCUUAUUUUUUAAAAACUU